GGUAACUAACCCGAGUUUUAUAAUGCUCUGAUAAAAGUAGGAUUUUAAGCUUUAAGAACUGCAUUUUAAAAUGAAAUUAGUAUUUUUUUUUUAGAAAUUUGAUGUUUUAAAUUUAAAUAAAAUGUCUAGUUUUAUGAUAACAGAGGCGAAUGCUACUUACUGCUCCAACAUACACAAUGUCAACUCUAGUUAUCAAUGUUCAUUUGCUCGCCAAACUGCAGACUGCCACAUCGAAGAGGGCAUCAUCGAAUACACCUUAUUUCUUUACUGCUUGUUACCAUCAAAUUUUCUCUCAGUAUCUGUAAUCCUAUUGGUUAUAUGGCUGUUGUUUUUAUUCGUUGCCCUAGCCGUAGCUGCCUCAGAUUUUUUUUGCCCAUCCUUAAUUGUCAUUGCCAAAGUAUUGCAUAUGAGUGACAAUAUUGCUGGGAUAACGUUGUUAGCGUUUGGAAACGGCGCUCCUGACGUCUUCUCAGCCAUAGCAGCUGUCCAGAACAUGAAACAUGGUGACAACAGUCUACUGUUCGGAGCGCUCUUAGGAGCUGGAGUAUUCCUGACAACAGUGGUAGUGGGGGCCAUUGGGAUCAGCUGUCCCUUCAAGUCCAUGGAGAGGCCGUUCUUAAGAGAUGUCUCUUUCUAUAUAGCCACCACAUUUUUCACCUUUUUCGUCUGCUUUAUGAAAAGUAUUAACACCUAUGAAGCUGGCGCAUUCUUGGCGGGGUAUGCAUUCUACGUGGCCGUGGUGCUGAUUGGUCGAUUCAUUAACAAGAGGUACUUGAGAAGGGGCUAUCAGACGUUACCUGGUGUUGAUUCUGCAGACUCACCAUCCAGCAUGUCAGCAGAGAGGCAGGAUUUUAUCAACAGUGAUAAUUUCCGGUCGUCAUCGGCUGCGUCUCUUGUUGCUAACAACAACCUUCCCCAAAGUGGCAUCUACACUGAACAGCUGCCCGAAGAGUACUCAAACGACACUGAUUCGCAAGUAGUUAUUGUCGAAGAUGAAGAUCUUCCAUUCAUGCCUGCUGCACGGUUGGCUGUCUUCUCAGAUUCCAGUGAACCAAUAAGAUUCCUCUAUGCAAUCUCACCCAUCGACAUCGUCCAAUGGCAUAACUCUGGCUUGUUCAGCAGGAUUUAUGCCAUUAUUAAGAUGCCAGCUCUGUUCGCCUUCAAAUUGACAGUCCCUGUCGUGGACAAGUCGAACCCACUGCACAAUUGGAACAAGCCCCUGAACAUGCUACACUGCAUCACCUCAUUGGUCUUUGGUGUCUUUGCCACCAAUUAUCAAUUUGCAUUGAAAUCGAUUAACGAAGUGUUUCCGGUUUACUUGAUAUUUUUGAUCGCCGGCCUGCUCCUUGCAUCAGUGAUGUUCUUCACCUCUUCAUCCUCAGUUCCACCCAAGUACCACUCUGUUCUUGCGUUCGUGGGUUUUAUCGUUGCCGUCCUUUGGAUCAAGGCCAUUGCCAAUGAAAUCGUCAACCUACUGCAGUCAGUAGGUAUAGUGCUGAACAUAAGCAAUGCCAUAUUGGGAUUGACGCUACUUGCUUGGGGCAACAGUAUUGGAGAUUUUAUAUCAGAUGUGUCCAUGGCUAGGAGGGGUUAUCCAAGGGCUGGUUUUUCUGCCUGCUAUGGAGGGCCCUUGUUCAAUACCUUACUUGGUAUUGGGAUUCCGUUCAUCUAUGUUACUGCAACUUCUCCCACACGUGCUGUUGAGGUGCAAUUUGAACCAAUACAUAUGGUUCUUUUUGCUGCUCUGGCUGUCAGUUUGGUGUCUGCAAUCAUUUUCAUCCCGUUGAACAAGUUCUACGUCAACAGAUGCUACGGCAUUUUUCUCAUCGCUUUGUACGUCGUAUUCAUCGUGAUCGCCAUUUUAGUUGAGCAAAGAGUCAUCAAGUUUUAAUACCACGUUAAUCUUUAGGUGCUUGUUGUUAAUAUUCAGUUAAUACGUUUUAAGAGAUUAAUGCUGUCAAUAUUUUACCAUUUCAUAUGAUUUUUAUAUGCAAGUAUCGAACGAUUUGAUUUUUAUUUAGUCAAUUUUUUUAAAUUUCUUCCUACUUGAUUCAUUUGAAGUUAGUUAAUCAGGAAUUAAAGUCUGAUUUUAACUAAAUUAUGCAGCAAAUUUUACGUUUUAGUUUUUUAUGUUUUAUUUUUAUUUUGUUAUUUAAACACAAAUGACAACAAUGAAGCGAGCGUACUCAUUUUGUCUGAUAUUUCUUUUUGGUGACCCAAGCAUGUUUCUCUGAUUGUGUUCGUUCGUUUAUUUUUCAUACUUUUAAUUUUGAAAACUGUUCAGAAACUAGUAUUGAUGCUAUAUUUAACAUUUUAUAUUUAAAUUGACUGAGCUAUUCAGAAAUGUUCAAAUGUGUUUAAUAUCAAUUCUAUGUUUAUGUGUCUGAAUUAAAGAAAAUUUUCAAACGAUAGAUGUAUGCGGAAUCUAAA